CUCCUCCCCUGCUCUCCAUGGACACCUUUGCCCGGUGACAUCAUCAGUCUGUCCCUGCGCAGACCUGGCCUGAGGCUGGCCCCGCUGGGCCUGCCAUGUUCUCCUUGCUGCCCCUCCCCUCCUGGCUCCCCGGCCUCCCCUCCCUGGAGUGGGGCUCCAGCCUCCUCGAUGGGCUCCUGCAAGGCCUCAUCGGGGCCUUCGGGGUCUCUGUUCUGAACAACCUCCUGAAAGUCUACUUCUUCGUGGGCUGUGCCAAUGACCCCAAGCGGCAGAUGGAAACAGAGCGGCUCCAGGCCCAGUGGGCCCUGCUGGAGACCGUGCACCUGGUGGGCCUGGCCCUGUUCCUGACCAUCGUGGGGCCCCGGGUAGCGGCCCUGGUGGUGCUGGAGUUCUCCCUGCGGGCCGUGUCCAUGCUGCUGUCCCUGCACAAGAGCUCCCGGGGCCUGGAGACGCUGCAGCUCUACCUACUGAGUCAGUAUGCGCUGGGCUGUGCGCUGGGCUGCGGGCUGAGCUUCCUGCAGGAAGGCGCCCCACACCGCACACUUAGCCUCCUGCUCAGCCUCGGGCUGGCUGCGCUGAUCCACUCGGCUGCCCGCCGCCUCUGCCACCAUGUCUGCCGCCUCUACGAGCUGCACAGCAGCCAGCACUACUGCGGGGUCUGCCUGGGCCUGCUGGCAGGUGCACACCGCCUCCCCGGGCUGCUGGGCCGCGCCCUGGCCAUGGCCUUCACCGUGGGCAACCUGGCAGCCGUGUCCCUCAUCAACCAGGACUUCCUGAGCACCUCAGAGGCCGUGCGCUUUUGGACGCCACUCACCAUCUGCUACAUGCUGCUGGUCAUCUACAUGCAGGAGGAGCAGCGGCAGCAGCGCCUCAGCAUGCAGAGCCAGGUGCAGACAGUGCUGGUGCGCAUGGGCGGCCUUUUCGUGCUGCUGCUGACCGUGGGCCGCUGGCUGGACCUGCUGAGCCUCUUCGUUUCCCUGCUGGGCGAGCUCUGGUGCCUGGCGGGUGUCCGCACUCUGCUGGACCUCUGCCAGAUCCAGGACUUCCCAUGCCAGCCUGCGGUGUCAGUGCCCAGCCAGCCCCCGUCCUCGGCCCCCACCAAGCCCCAGAAGACUACCUUCCUGCUCCACUGCAGGGAGGACCCCGGCUCAGUCCCAGGCUCUUAGAGCCCGCGUUUCCAGGCCUUGACCUCAGGACACUGUCUGGAAGCACAGCGGCAAGGCUGGCUCCACCUGGACCUCAGGACAGGCCCAGGAGGUCUGGAAAGGGGAACCAGGUGGGCGUGGAUGCAGUCCCCAUGGAGGAUGGGGGACACGAGUCCUCAGAGUGGCUCCCCACUUUGCUGGCCUCCCUUUCUUCUCCAUGAACAAUAAAGAUGAAUUUCUAAACCUGA